AUGUCGGACGACGACUUCAUGCAAGAGUCGGAUGAGGAGCAGUACGACUUUGAGUACGAGGACGACGACGGCGAGGACUCUGGGGACGUCGACAUCGAGAACAAGUACUACAACGCGAAGCAGAUGAAAUCCAACGACCCCGAGGAUGCCAUCGAGGAGUUUCUGGGGAUCCCACCGCUCGAGUCCGAGAAGGGCGAUUGGGGCUUCAAGGGAUUGAAGCAAGCUAUAAAGCUAGAAUUCCGGCUGGGACGAUACGAUAAGGCAGUGGAACAUUACACCGAGCUCCUCACCUACGUCAAAUCCGCCGUGACCCGUAACUACUCAGAGAAAUCCAUCAAUAACAUGCUGGACCACAUCGAGAAGGAAUCGGAUGACGAUGCCUCCCGGAAGUGCAUGGAGCAGUUUUAUUCCCUGACCCUGAGCUGCUUCCAGAGCACCAAUAAUGAACGUCUAUGGCUCAAGACAAAUAUAAAACUAGCCAAGCUCCUUCUCGAUCGCAAGGAAUACCUAACCGUCACCAAGAAGCUGCGUGAGCUGCAAAAGGCAUGCCAACGUGAAGACGGCACGGAUGAUCCCAACAAGGGCACAUACUCUCUCGAGAUCUACGCCUUGGAGAUCCAGAUGUACGCCGAGACCCGCAAUAACAAGCAGCUCAAGGUCCUGUACCAGAAAGCGCUGAAGGUCCGGUCAGCCGUACCCCAUCCAAAGAUCAUGGGUAUCAUUCGUGAAUGCGGAGGCAAGAUGCACAUGAGCGAGGAGAACUGGAAAGAUGCCCAAUCCGACUUCUCAGAGUCAUUCCGCAACUAUGACGAGGCCGGGUCGUUGCAGCGAAUCCAGGUGCUCAAAUACCUGCUUCUUACUACGAUGCUCAUGAAAUCAAACAUCAACCCCUUUGACUCCCAGGAGACGAAACCAUAUCGCAACGACCCGCGCAUCGCUGCGAUGACAGAGUUGGUGGACGCAUAUCAACGAGACGACAUGCACAGAUACGUCAGCGUUUUGCAGAAGAACCAAGACAUUCUCGCUGACCCGUUCAUCGCGGAGAACAUUGAUGAGGUCACGCGCAAUAUGCGUACCAAAGCAGUUGUGAAGCUGAUUGCACCGUACACCCGCGUUAGGCUCGAGUGGAUCGCGCGACAACUAAAGAUCUCCGAGAUAGAGGUACAAGACAUCCUAGGAUUCUUGAUCAUCGACGGCAAGAUUCAAGGAAAGAUCGAUCAGCAAGCUGGAAUCCUCGAGAUGAGGCCUGACAGCGACGUCGAGCGGACCCAGGCUCUGCAAUCUUGGAGCGAGGCUCUCGGUGCCCUGUACACCGCGAUCUUCAAAGAAAGUGAUGGGUUUCGGGUAUUCGACCACCACGGGCAGACUGACGACCAGACGUUAGCGUCAAUACUCGACACCGACACAAGUCGACAGAGGGCGGCUGCUGCCAAAGCGAGAAGGAGUGGUAAAGGUCUCUUCCCUUAG